AUGAGUCCAGAAUAUGUUAGACGAAAACAUUUAAAUAAGGGACAAUCGGAACGUAAUGGAAUUAGCUUACGAACGUAUUGGGAAGGAGUGAUUAAAGAUUGUGAAGUAAAUAAAAAAAGUUCCAAUGGACACGGCCCUGUUGAUUAUGCUUUUACUUCAAUUCACACGUCCAGAGUGGUUGGUAUUAUUGAGGUUAAGGAUAAAGACCUUGUACAAGGUGUUGCGCAAAAUGCAGUACAGU